AUGGCGCCUGCUACAUCGAAGGAGGAGAUGCCAGCAUGGGGCCUGGCGCUGGCCGGCUCCGCUGGUGCGCUGGUCGCCAAUGCACUGGUAUACCCGCUUGAUAUGGUCAAGACCCGGCUGCAGACACAAGUCAAGCGGAGCGAGAAGGAUACACACGUCGAUGCGGAAGGCUACGUGCAUUACGAUGGCACAAUGCAUGCGAUCAUGCAUAUCAUACAAGAGGAGGGCAUUGCCGGACUGUUCCAGGGCAUCACGGGCAACCUUAUCGGUGUCGUCAGUACGAACUUUGCAUACUUCUACUGGUAUGGCCUUGUUCGGGAGACAUAUCACAAGAGGAUAGCGAAGAACAAUGCACCUGCAUCGACUGCUGCAGAGCUGUCUAUGGGUGCCGUUGCAGGAGCCCUUGCACAGCUCUUCACGAUUCCGAUCGCCGUGGUCACCACGAGACAGCAGACACAACUCAAGCACGAGAGGAAGGGUAUCUUCGCAACGGCUAAGGAGAUCAUCGAUAGCCCAGAGGGAGCAGCGGGCCUCUGGAGAGGGCUGGCGGCCAGUAUGGUUCUCGUGGUGAACCCAUCCAUCACAUACGGUGCCUACGAAAGAUUACGAACUGUCAUGUUCCCUGGGAAGACACGACUGGCACUUCACGAGUCCUUCAUCCUCGGUGCACUCUCCAAGCAAAUCGCCACCCUUGUCACACAACCUCUGAUUGUCGCAAAAGUCGGCCUCCAAUCAAAGCCACCACCACAGAGACAAGGCAAACCCUUCAAGUCCUUCCUCGAAGUAAUGAAAUACGUCGUCGACCGGGAAGGCUUCCUCGGACUUUACAAAGGUGUCGGUCCACAACUCCUCAAAGGCUUCCUCGUGCAGGGUAUCCUCAUGAUGACCAAAGAACGUGUCGAGCUGGCCUUCGUCCUACUCUUCCGAGCAGUCCGCAAGAUGCGCCAAGAACAGCUCGACAAGCUAGCCAAGAUGGCAGCAGAGAAGAUCGACCAGGCAAAGGAGCAGGCGAAGCAGGUGGUCAACGAGACGAAGAAGGUAGCCGCCUAG